AUGGACGUGGUCAACGCCACCAUCCGCGCUGCCAACUCGACGCUGGACUACUCUACGGUCUUGAGCGAGGUCAGCAAGCACACCAUUAACCUCAACUAUUUUGAGCGCCUCUGGGCCGCCUGGUACUUGUGGAUGCAAAAUGACACUCUCGCGACCGGAAUCCUGAGCUUCGUCAUGCACGAACUAGUCUACUUUGGCCGCUGUAUUCCGUACAUGCUUCUCGACAGAAUCCCUUAUUUUCACAAGUACAAGCUCCAGGCCCAGAAGAUCCCGACUCUAAAGGAGCAAUGGGAUUGCGCCGCCAUUGUUCUCAUCAGCCAUUUCACCGCCGAGCUGCCUCAAAUCUGGUUCUUCCACCCCAUCGCCACCUACUUUGGUAUCGACUACGGCACACCUUUCCCUGCUCUGACCACCAUGGCCUGGCAGAUUGCCAUCCUCUUCGUCAUGGAGGAUACAUGGCACUACUGGUUCCAUCGUGCUCUACACUACGGUCCCCUGUACAAGGCCAUUCACAAGAUGCAUCACACAUACUCUGCUCCCUUCGGUCUUGCUGCCGAGUAUGCUUCUCCUAUUGAGACUAUGCUUCUCGGUCUCGGCACCGUCGGAUCUCCGAUUCUCCUGCUCGGUAUCACCGGCCACCUGCACCUAGUCACAAUGUACACCUGGAUCGUCCUUCGCCUGUUCCAAGCUAUCGAUGCCCACAGCGGCUACGACUUCCCCUGGAGCCUGCGCCACUUCCUCCCCGUCUGGGCUGGCGCCGACCACCACGAUGUUCACCACGAAAAGUUCAUCGGCAACUAUGCUUCUUCUUUCCGCUGGUGGGACUACUUCCUGGACACCGAGGCCGGUGCUGAGGCUCACAAGAGGCGUCGCGACAGAAAGCUCGCCAAGAUUCGCGCCAAGAAGGAAAAUUAG